AUAGGUAGAAUUAAUUUAUAUAAUUGAUUGUGAUUGAAUUGUAAAAAUUUGACAAUUGACAUUGAGAUUUGGGGUUCAAAUUUCAUUAUGAGUAAUAUUUACUCAACUAAGUUUUGCAAGUGUUCCCCUAAAUCAAGGGUGUGCCAUGACACCCCUUCCAACUAGGGGUGGAAAUUGGGGUGGGUGUGGUUAUCCGCUCCACAUUCUGCGGGUACCCACAUCCACAAAUUUACAAUUAUGCUACCCACAACCCGCACCGCAGUGGUGAGUGGGUAACCACUACCCACUGUGGGUUUGUGCGGGUUGGGUGUGGUUACCCGCAAAAAUCCAUCGUUGCAAGUAUAGAGUUUUAGUCGCCACUAACGUAUUUGUUGUUCGUAACUAGACUAUAGUGAUAUACACUUGUGUUGUUUGUGGAGAUACAAUUUUGUACAUCGAUCUUACUCAACGUGAAGAUUUUUUCUUUUUGAGUUUGAUAUUCAAAUUUUGUGUCAGAGAGCUGUGAUUUCAUAUUUCCCCGACUAGGGGUGAAAUAUGACAAUUAAAUAUGAUCUUGUAUUUUUAUCACACAAAAGCAAAAACAUACUGAUAAAAGUUACAAAAGGUGUUCACUUUUAAUGAAUUGAUUAUUCUCCACUAUAUCGAUUAUAGUGUUUUAUAAACUAAAAAAUUCUUACAUAAAACUGAUUAGGUGUGUUUUUUUUAUUUGGUGGCUACUUUAAUUUUUAUCCUCACACUUUUCACAUACUAUUAUAUUAUAAAGUUAAUUCACUAAAUAAAUAUAAUUAGUGUGGUUAUUGUGGGUUAACCGCGGUGGGUAGUGGAUAACCACUAACCACAAAAAUCGUUAUUUUACUACCCACACCCAACCCACUACCCACAACUUGUGGAUAUGGUUACCCACAAUAGGUGCGGGUUGGUGCGGUUUGCGGAUUAUCCACAACCCACAACCCAAACUUCCACCCAUACUUCCAACUAGGGAUGGCAAAUUCGACCUGACCCGUUUUACUCGACCUGUUUGGCGUGUUUUGCGCCGGGUCCGACCCGCCCCGUAGGCGUGGCGGGGCGGGCAUGGGUACUCUUAUCGACCCGACUUGCCCUGACCCGCCCCAUUCUCGACCCGUUCUUUCCUAAAUUACAUGUAAUUUUAGUCAAAUUACUUAGGAUUGUUCUUUUAUUACAUCAUAUUUUAACUAUAAUAAAGUUGUAAAUUAGUGAAAACCUCAAUUUCUCCAAGAAAUUAACUACAAUUAUCAUAAUAUUAUUUGUUUUCUUGAUCUUAUGAUAAAAAUAACGAAUAUUUUUCAUAUAAAUUCCAUACCCAAUGGGUCGACCUGCCCAACCUGCGACCUGUGAUAAAUUACCCUACCUGGACCCGACCUGCCAUAAAACGGAUCUGGGUACCAAGAAACCUGCCCCGAACCUUCCCAUUGACAUUCCUACUUCCAACCUUGUAGCUCCGGCCCUGUCCAAAAUUCAAAUUAGCAAGCAAACUCUCAUAUUCAUAUAUCUACGUACACAUCUGCCGCGCAUCUACCACGCGACAAGUAAUUUCAUUUAAUAAUCCAGCCGAACGUACACCUAACGGUUCACAUGCAAAUUGCAAUACGUACAUAAUUCCCCGUCUAUAAAAAUCCACUUUCAUUCGCUAGCUUCAAUCCACAAAUCCAUCAACUACUGUUAUCAUCAUAUAUCAUGGCCGCUACUAAUUACAAGCUGCAGGUCUACGUGGCGCUGAUCGUGGUGGUAAUGGUGGCGGCUGGCGGCCGGCAUCUGGCUGCCGACGGCGUGGUGACGUGUAGCCAGGUGGCGGCCGACGUGGCGCCGUGCUUCAACUACAUCACGGGGAGAGGCCCUCUGGUCCCUGCCUGCUGCGGCGGGAUCAGGUCGCUCAAGGCCGCCGCCGGCUCGACUCCGGAAAGGCAGGCGGCUUGUCGAUGUUUGAAAGCACUACUCAUCGGUGGUGUCCCCGGUGUUAACUUCGGCAUCGCCGGCGGACUUCCCAACAGGUGCGGCGUCGUUUCGCCCGCACCCGUCAGCCCGACCGUCGAUUGCAACAGGGUCAGGUGAGAGUACGGCUACGACGAUCGAGGAAUAAGCUGAUGAUGGAUGUGUGGACUGUCUAAGUAAUUAAAAAUACGUCGUAUUAUCUGGAAAAGAAAGAAUAAAGGGAUUGUGUUGUUCAAUUUAUUCUGGUACUUUGUUGGGCUUGAUUUGGCUCUUCUCGCAGAAUGGAGACUUAGGAGACGAGAAGUAAUAAGAAUUUGUGUGUAUCUUUGUAUUGACAUAAUUGUGUAUGAACCCGUUGUAAUCUACUCUCUAUAUGAUGACAGAAGAGUUAGUCAUUCGGAUAAUAUUAUGAUACAAGAAAAAUCAAUCGUGUACGAUGAUCUAUCCAGCGGAUCAUUUAGGUCUAAAUUGAACAGUGAUAAUAUCUACAAGAAGUCAUUAUUUAACUUCAAGUCUAUAGUAAAUAAUGUUUUUCAUUCUGAAGUCCACUACUAAGAUUUCUAGUACAAAUUUAAAGUCUUAGAUAUCUUUUCAUCACCGCAAAACCAAGAGAGAUGAAUGAAAGGAAAAGGAUGAAUACAAUUAUAUCCACAUAAGAUUAGUUCAGGUAGGACUAUUCAAUUUGGCGCUAUGGAAAACACUACGAGUAUUAAUUAUGGUCUACUAUUGAUAAACGAUAGAAAGAGUUUAAAGAUAAACUAAUAUUCAAUUCUGCUUUGAUGCAUGGGUAAAGGGGGAUUAAGUUCCCAUCCCAAUCAAGGUGGAUAACAAGGUUAGCUAACACGGGGAUUCAUCGAGGUGGCUUGCAAGAUGAGGCUAGCAAGCCGUUGAGGCGCGCUAAGUAACGAGACGAGGGUGAUACCAAAUCGAAAUGGUAGAGGCCAUUUCAUAUCAACAAGGUAGUAGUGAUCCAUAGACAAAAAAAAUGGUGUGGUUGAAGUUGUUAGCAAGACGAGCAACAAAGAAGCUAAUUAAGUAUGGAGUCACUGUAGUUGUGGGGUGCAAUCAAUACUUCAUCAUAGAGAUACGACAAAGAGGCUUCAAUCCAUCGAGUCAGAACAAGUCAGUAAGACAUGGAGUUCAACUCAACACCAAUAGUCCAGCCCCUGCGUCAUCUCCAUAUACCUGACACCAACUAGUUACGAAGCGACAAUGAGAACCCCGAGAUGGUUAGAUCAACCAACAAGUUGGUUGUUACCAGAACGAUUACACCGUAUGGCUAUAUAUAGAAGAAAGGAAAAUUGUAAAAAGGCUCAACAAAACCAACACGUGACACCACUUGUAAAAAAAAGACUCCAAAAACAAAGGGAAAUUCUUAACUCCAACCUUGGUUGGACGCAAAAACUCCAACCAUCCAACAUUUAAGUUUAUUAUUGGUGGUCUCACCUUCCUUUUUUCUUAAUAUUUAAUAUUCUUGAUUAUGCUAAAUUAAUAAGAAAUUAAAAUAUACAAAAAAAGAUGAACUCACCAAAAGAAAACUGGCAUAUAGCUGGUUGGACGUAAAUGUCUGAACUAAGAAUUUUCCCCAAAACAAUCGUGUGUAAUUCAUUAAUAUCAAAACAAGAGUUCUCUUGCCAGAAAAGAAAACAAUAAUUUUUUUUGUAAAAUGUAUAUGCUGGAUUGAAUUUGAAUUAAUUAGUGCCCACCUUGUCGCCAACAGUGGCGGAUCUCAGGGGUGGCCACUUCGGCCACGGCCUAACCCUCUCCCGGAUUUGGAGCUAGUAUAGUCCUUAUGAGUUUAUCAAUUUUAGCCAUUUGGCUCAGUGUUAAUUUAUAAUAAGAUUGUGUGUAAUUAGAAAAAUUGGUAAGAUGAACAUAUUCAAAUCACAACUCUAAAUUUAGCCUGAAAAUUCUAGCUCCAAUGAUUCUCAUCUAAAGAAAAACAAACUAUGAAUCCUAAAAUUCUAAAACGUAAAAGACUAAAAGAAAUAUAAGGUUUAUUACCUUAAGAAAUUACUAGAGCAGCUGGUGAAAAUAGGUAUUGAUACACAAUAUAUAUGGAUUAGUCGAUUGAUUUGUCCAGUGUAGACAUUGCUCGUUUCAACUACUAUGGAGAGAAACUUUUAAACAAUGAAAUAGGUGAAAAUUUAUGUGCGCAACAAAAUGAGCGAUGAAUUUUUCGCCAAUUGGUUUAACUAUUUUAUCUUAAAGAGAGUAUGCUAUUGGUAUGGACGUAAACUCUAUUAUUGAUGAAUUCACGAUAUUAAUAUUUAAAAGAUCGACGUGUAUAAUUGAUAUUGUAAAAAAAAUUGUGAUUUAUUUUUUACGGUAUCUAAUUUUCUAAUAAAAUUUGACUCAAUACUCUACUGUGUCCUAGAUCCGCCGUUGGUCGCCAAUAAAACCUAUAAUUCGAUAAAGACUACGCUAAACCCUAUCAUCGAUUUAUCUCCAACACCACCCCAUUGAUUUCAAUCACGGCACAUCACAUGACCUAGUUGUUGUUUUUUUUUUUUUUUUUGACAAUACAUGACCUAGUUAAAGUGGGCGAACGUGAGAUGUGUCCUUCCAGUACAUGUACCUUUGAAAUCGCCACGUGCACUACUACUCCAAUCAGCUUCCGUUCGUACAAAUACACAGCACAACUGGUAAUAAAAUCCGAACUCACGAAUAUCCGAUCCGAUUCAAUCAGGUUAAAAUAAGUAAAAUUCCUUAUUGAUUGGGUUUGAGUCAGGUGUGAAUUUUACCUGCUUUUGAAAUUAGAGAGUUGUGAGCGGGUUAGGAUGCUUUCCACCUUAUACCUACGUACAUCCAUAAAUCAAAAACUGACACCAUUUUAUGUUAAGAGUGAUAUAGUUAGGUUACUUUUUUGUUAUUAGGUACUACUUAAAAGAUUCAAACUUGAGACCUCCAGCUGGUUCGAGAUUAGUGUUAUUGCCACAAAUCGACACCAUUUUAUAUCUAACCGGAAUAAUAUGAAUAAUUUAUGAAUGUUACUUACUAUUCUUGAUGGCAUUGUAAAACUCUUAUUAAUAUGAAUACUCUAUGGAUGCUGGUAGUCUUUAUGGAGGUAUAUUUAUAAGAAAAAUAUCAAUAACAUUACGAUAUGUGGAUGUACCAAAAUUUUCUUUUAAUCCAAUAAGUAUUCUACCGAAAUUUUUUCUAACGAGUGUAGCCAUUAAAUUGAGUUUAGAUUUUAGCCAUUUAGAGAAGCUCGGCCCAUUACCACAUGUAACGGUCAACACACCCAGCUAGGCUUUCAUAUUGUAAAGUACUCGAUACCCGUGGAUAUCCGCCCGAAUCCGACAUAAUCGGGUAGGGUAAAACCCGAACCCGAAGGAUUUUUAGUGGGUACGGGUAAAAUCCAAACCCGAAUAUUGGGUGUAAUGGGUGGGCAUGGUUUUCUCACUAUCCAACCCGAACCCGCCCGAUUAUACACAUGCAUAUGUAUUUUGUCUAGAAAUAAUCAAUAUUUUUCUUUAAUAUAUUUCGUAUUUAGCAUAUAAAUAUAAUUUUUUUAUGAAA